CAUCACAAAUCCAACACUGUCGCCGGAAAAUUUCAUCCGGUCGCCGGAAAACUCUCUCUCUCUCAAUGGACUCUGGGAGGAGCAAAAAAGAACAAUGGCGCACAAAGGAAUAGUUGGCCCUCAAUUAACUCUAACUCCAAGUAGUAAUCUCCGAACUCCCCCCCCCCCCCUCCCGGCCGACGAAUUCGAAUUUUCCGCCGCCAAAUACCUAUAGGGAGUAGCCGGUAGCCUGGCCGCGAAUUCGUUGAGAGCCAGCUAGCCCUCCCGACGGUGAGCAUCGUCCUCGAAUUUCAACGAGUAUCUCUCCGGAUCGUACUUGAAUUCCUCGGACCUGUAGCCCCUCCGAUUCCGCCCGAUUACGAGCCCUCGACGACACUAGGCCUGGAUCUCGAGGUCGUGGAUGUUAAUCUAGCUGGAUAUCACUGCCACCGCGGGCUUGGAUUUGGAGUACUCGGAAAAAUGAUGGUCGGCGGGGUAGAACGCCGGCGCCGGAAAAUUAUGGCUGGUGGAGAACGUCGCCGGAAGCGGAGGGGGUGAGAAUGGGUGAGAGUUUUUGAAAUUAUUUAAUAAUUAAAAGUAAAAAUAAACAUGCAAUUACUACAUUGCCCUUUAUAAAAUUGGAUUAAUAGGAGCCCUUGAAUUUUAAUGAAGUUGAGUGGCUGGGAUUCACUUAGCCAUGUAACUAAGAGGACCCCCUUAGUCACCUGAUCUCAGCCCAUGGAUAAAGGCACCAGCAAAUCAUUGACAUUAGCCACUGGAGGAUCCAGAAACUUAGCAAAAUGUUGGAUAAUUAUGUUAUCUAUUAUAAUUAGUAAAAUGUUGGUGGAAUUCAUUUUGAAAUUUCUAUCUCAAUUAUUUGAAAUUAUACCCGGCUAUGAGUCGUUAUUUUGAUUUUCAGGCCUGGCUGAUUCCAGCGUGUAACUAUCUAUAUUUUGAUUUAAUGCAAGAUUAUCUUUUGUAAAAAAAAAAAUCUAAUUUCGUAGAAUUCAAAAUUUAGAAUCAAUAAUAAAUCAUUUUAAAUACCAAACAUAAAAAAAUUUAUAUCAAACUGAAUGCAAUAAAAAAGUACAAAAUGCUAUUAACUGAAAAAUACAUGGCAAUCUAGUAACUUUUUGCCGCCAGCUGAGUUAGCUCUUUCUCCAUUAUAUUUUUCUUGCCCUCUUUCCCGGCGACGAAGGGAGAUCUAACUUGGACUCCACGAGAAAGGAAGAGAAGAAGUUGCGCCGCCGCCCUACCUCCUCCAUCCGCCACCUAUUGAGCCGCCGGAUUAAAGGAAUUCGCAGUUUCCCCUUGGGUAAGUCCACUCGAAUCUCUCUCCUUCUAUAUUUCCUUAACUGGUACUCCCAAAUUUAAUCUGCACCCCGGCGAAAACCUAGCCUCCUUAGCUCCGUAUCCCAGUUGCUCACUGAUCUGGUAGCUAUACCGAGAGCUUGAAGAUCGAGGAAAAAAUCAGUUUCUUAGCUCUGGCGGUUUCUCAAUGGAGCUUUGUUUCCCCCCUCUGCAGAUUUGAAUCUUGCGAUUCCGUCAGCUGCAGCAGAACAAAGCUAUGUCGGCGCUCUUCAACUUCCAUUCGUUUCUCACCGUUGUGCUGUUGGUGAUUUGUACUUGCACUUACGUGAAGAUGCACUUCCCAGCCAUACUCGAACACAAAACAGGGUUUCGUGGUUUCUUCUGGAAGGCAGCAAGAAUAGGUGAACGUCUGAGUCCUUGGAUGGCAGCAGGAUGCUUUGGGAUGGGUCUUUCAAUCAUAUUUUUUUGAGCAAUGAACUUUGGGCCUUUGUAUUCAGAAGUACGUCAACCUUUCCAGCUGAGUAAUUUUAACCUCUACUGCUCGAGAACCACUUACAGUCUUACAGAUGUAUCCAUACAUGGUCUAGUAAUGUGUUACAUUACAGGAUUGAAAGCUGUUUUCCAUUCAUCUGAUCUCUAGAUUAGAUACUAUCAUACUACUAAAGCUUUUUUUUUUUUUUAGUGUGUUAGGGAUUUUGUUUUUCGGCAGCUCCUGAGACUUAGUUUGCUCUUAAAGAACUGAAUUAAGAAAAUCCAACUCAUUAG